AACAAGAACUCCUUAGAACACAUAACAACAAGCAAGCAAACAAUCAAAAUGACGGAAGCUACGCAUACGAAAUUGAUGGACACGGAGAGGGGAGGCGAGAACACACAAUAUGAAUCUCAAAAUAUAUUUACGCAGUCGCCUGCUAAAGACCAGGGGACCUUUGGAGACUCGACAGGGCCCUCCGAAGCCACUCUCCAAAAAGCCGCAGAACACAAAGCGCGUGGCGAGCGAACGGCGGAGAAUAUUAGGUAUGGAGAGGCGAUUAGUGAGCAUGGGUUUGGAGGGGAGACGGUGGGAUAUAGCAUGGGGGUUGGGGGUGGAGAGAAUAAGGAGGAGACGGAGGAUACAAGGAGAAAAAUGGGUUAUGGAGCGGGGAACGAGAUUGGUGGUUGA